GCACAGAGAAAGAGAGAGAGAAAGCAAAGCGAGUUGACUCAGAAGGGCACUGCGCUGCGCAGUCUGGGUCAGAUGUGCGAGCUACUGUGAGGAGCAACGUGCGGCUCUGCUGAAUGGAUUUGCCCAGGAAGAAGCCGAGAUCGUUUUUCCCAACUUAGCCAGCUUGGAGGACAUCUCCACCCGAUCUGGAGACAUGAGGAGGGACCGGCUGCUGGUGGCCGUCACCCUGGUCACCCUCCUGGCGGCCGACAUCCACUUCGUCCUGCUUCCCAGACUCAAAACCUGGUACCAUCUGCCCAGAGGAAGCUGCGCGUGCGGGGUCACCAACGGCAGUUUGGAGAACGGAGGUGCUACGAGCGUCCCGUGGACCACGAGCCAGAAUUUCACCACGGUUUCCACCGAGCGAGGCUCCAAGCUGGAUCGGCUCUUCGGGCAUCCGCUCUACAACAUCCGUCUCCCGGAGCUGGGGCCCGACGAGCGGCUUCUGCAGGAAGAGGAGCUCAUGAGCUACUACAAGAGGAAAGUGAGCCGCUGGGAAAGAAUGAAGAAGUACUACAUCGAGGCGGCAGCAGCUUCCAACAUCACUAUACCUGAUUAUCCCGUGAUCUUUGACCCCGAGGCCAGCUGGCUGCACUUCCAUCUCGGGAUCAACCGCUACGCGCUGUAUUCCAGAGACGACAGCAGCGUCGACAGACUCCUGCACGACAUGCAGACGAACACCGUCAUCAGCGCAGAUUUCACUCAGGAUGAGAAAGCACUGAAGGGCUCAUGUGACUGCUCACAAGUGGUUAAACCAAGCGGUCUUCACCUGAAGUUGGCCCUGAAGCUCCAAGACUUUGGCAAAGCUAUGUUUAAACCAAUGAGACAGGAGCGACACGAAGAGACGCCGGAGAACUUCUUCUACUUCGUGGACUUUCAGAGACACAAUGCUGAGAUUGCAGCGUUCCACCUGGACAGAGUGCUUGACUUCCGGAGAGUUCCUCCUGUGGCGGGACGAUUCAUCAACGUGACGGGAGAAAUCCUGUACAUAACACACAAUGAGGAACUGCGCAGUGUUUUCUUCACCUCUCCAGCCAACAACACGUGUUUCUUCGCCAAGUGUUUGUACGUGUGUAAGUCGGAGUAUGCGGUGUGCGGUCAUCCCGAUCUGCUGGAGGGCUCCAUGUCUGCGUAUCUGCCUGGUUUGAGCAUCGCCCCGCGUAUCUCCAUCCCGAACCCCUGGAUCCGCGCCUACAGUUUCACCGGGAGAGAGGAGUGGGAAGUCAACCCCUUAUACUGCGACAACGUCAAAAAACUCUAUCCCUACAACUCUGGGAACAGACUGCUCAACAUUAUUGACAUGGCCAUAUUUGACUUUCUCACAGGAAACAUGGACAGACACCACUAUGAGAUUUUCACCAAGUUUGGAGAUGAUGGUUUCCUGCUCCACUUAGACAAUGCCAGAGGAUUUGGCCGUUAUUCCCACGAUGAGAUGUCCAUUCUUGCUCCACUGACCCAAUGUUGCAUGAUCAAGCGCUCCACGCUGUUCAGACUGAAGCUGCUGGCGCAGGCCGAGUACCGUCUGAGCGACGUCAUGAGGGAAUCCCUCUCCAGAGACCCUCUCACGCCAGUUUUGACCGAGGACCAUCUGCAGGCCUUGGACCGGCGGCUGGGUCACGUGCUCAGGACGGUGGGGAAGUGUGUGAAGAAGCUGGGAGAAGCACAAGUGGUCAUCACAGACUUUGUAGAGUCAUCCAGAGGAACUACAAGACAGCCAGGAGGAAAUAACAGGUGACAGAGCGAGAAGAGCGAGGCUUUGAGGAGACAGCAGCAAUCCACUGAUUCUUUACUCUAUAAUGUGACUUUGAGAUCAUCUCUGGACUAAACCACUCAACUACGUAAGUCAACCACACUUCAUGCCAUCUAAGUCAGGGGCGCCUAAACUCGGUCCUGCAGAGUUUAGCUACAACUUACCUCAACCUGCCGGGAUGUUUCUAGCGUGCCUAGUAAGCGCUUGAUUAGCCGGUUCAGGUGUGUCUAAUCGGGGUUGGAGCUAAACUCACACAUGAGGAGGAAAAAAUAUUCAUAUUACUGAUUGGUUAGAAAGGGAUAUGAGACAUUACUAAUACAUCUCAACUGUCAAAAUUGACAAAAAGUCAAGAUACAAAGUGUCACAAUUGUGACAAAGUAAAAAGGAUCACACAAGACACAGUUAUGAGAUAAAAGUCAUAAUUAACAGAGUUAAAACGUCAAACUUUUAUUUAUGAGACAGUCAAAAUGAUGACAAAAAAUUAUGAGAUAUAAUAAAAAUACACAACUUCAGCUCAUAAUAUUGACCUUUUAUCUCAUAUUUAUGACUUUGUAUCAUAAUUAUGAUUGGCUAAAAACAGCUGUGUGAGAUUACUGAAAAGUCUUAAUUAUCAAAAGUGACAAAAAGUAAAAAAUUUUGAGAUAAUUGAGAUUGAGAAGAGUUGAAAUGAACAAUAACAACAAAAAAACAAUUGUGAGAUAAAAGGCAGAGAUAAAAAAAAAGUCGAAAUUAUGACAAAAAGACAACAUUAUGACAUAAUUGACAUCAAGAAGACUCGAAUUUGAUAAAAAAACUAAAUUAUGAAAUAAAAGUCAGUUAAAAAGUCAAAACUAUAAGAUAAUCGAGGUUGAAAAAAGUUGAAAUUGACAAAAAAAACUAAAUUAUGAGAUAAAAGUCACAAAGAUAAAAAGUCAAAGUAUGACAUAAUAAUAAGUCAAAAUUAUGAGACAUAAUAAAAUACUUGACUUCAGCUCAUAAUUUUGACUUUUAUCAAAUAUUUAUGACUUUGUAUCAUAAUUAUGAUUGGCUUAAAAUGGCUGUGUGAUAUUACUACAGUCUUAAUUAUCAAAAGUGACAAAAAGUUAAAAUUAUGAAAUACAAAGUCAUAAUUAUAAGUUAAAAUUAUCACAUAAAUCAAAAUUGAGAAGUCAGACAGAUAAAGUUAAAAUUAAGGCUGUUAUAAUUAUGAUAAAGUCAAAAUUAUGACAUGAAGUCGUAACUGAGUUAAAGAGUUAAUGUUGACAAAAAAUUAUCAUAAAACACUGAAAUAAGUCAAAAAAGUAAAGUACUUCUGUCUCUUAUAAUUUCAACUUUCUAUCUCAUAAGUUUUUACCUCAUAAUUUUAACUUUGUAUCUCAUAUUUAUGAUUUUGUAUCAUAUUUAUACUUUGUAUCAUAAUUAUGAUUGGCUAAAAACAGUUGUGUGAUAUUACUACAGUCUUAAUUAUCAAAUGAUCAAAAUUAUGAGAUAACUGCGAUUGAGAAAAGUUGUAAUUAACAAAAAACAAUUAUGAGAUAAAAGUCAGAGAUAAAAAGUCGAAAUUAUGACUUAUAAUUAGAGAGAGUCACAAUUAUGACAAAAAGUCAAAAUUAUGAGAUAAUUAAGAUUGAGAAGAGUUAAAAUUGACCAAAAAAAACAACUAAAAUAUGAGAUGAAAGUCAAUUAAAAGUCUAAGUAUGACAUCAUCAAAAUUAUGAGAUAUAAUAAAAAUACACAACUUCAGCCCAUAAUAUUGACCUUUUAUCUUAUAUUUAUGACUUAAAAAAGUCUUUAUUAAAAAACUAUGAGAUAAAUGAGAUUGAGAAGUUGAAAUUGACAAAAAAAACUAAGAUUAUGAACUUAUAAUUAGAGAGAGUCACAAUUAUGACAAAAAAAGUUGAAAUUAAGGCUGUUAUAUAAUUAUGAUAAAAAAUCAAUACUAUGAGAUAAAAAGUCCAAAAUAUCAUAAAAUACUGAAAUAAGUCCAAAAAGUAAAAAGUGGAGUAAAAAGCAGAAUUUCUGUCUCUUAAAAUUACAACUUUCUGUCUCAUAAGUAACACUUUUUACCUUACAAUUUUGACUUUGUAUCAUCGUUGGGCGUGGGAGUGAUAUUACUAAAAAGUCUUAAUUGUCAAAUUAAGGGACAAACUAUGAGAUGCGUAUGACUUAUCUCAUAAUUAUGAGAUAAAGUCAAAAUAAUGAGUAGUCAUAAUUGAGAUAAAGAGUCGAAAAUGUGAAAAAAAGAUAAAAAGUCUGAACUGUCAUAAAACGGUGAAAUAAAAACUUAAUUCUAAAAAGCAGAAUUUCUGUCAUAAUUGUGACUUGGUCAUGAUGACUGAGUGUCUCAUAAGUGUCACUUUUUACCUCAUAAUCUCAAACUUUUACCUCAUCAUUUUGACCUUUUCUCUCAUGUUUAUGAGUUUGCGUUAUAAUUCUGACUGUCUGAAAAGGGCUGUGUCAUGUUACUUCAGAAAACUCUGUAACAACACGUUUAAGUGGUUGUCUUGAGCUGCUUUAGUGGAGGUAGUUGCAGUCACGGCAGACACUUGGAAAAGCUGCCGACGGCGGUGAAAUCCCCGCGCCAGACGGAUGAUGCAGUGAUCGCAGGAACGAUAAGAAGUUGAGACGUGCUUACAUCAGCAAACGCAGCAUUCGUGUGGUGCUGUAACUGCACCGCGGGAGCGUUUCCUCUGAUUAUCCCCUUCCCUUUCUGUCCAUUUUUAUACAAACAGCCAUUAGUGGCGGCUGAGCUGAUGAUGCAGCGCACAAACAGCCACAUCACCAGAGGAAUCACUGCGGUAGGCUGCGAGUCUGAUCCGUCUACAGGAGCUGAAGGCUGAUUUUCCAGACGGAUCGUAAGCGUGUAAUCCUCAGCCGUCUCAUCUGCUCCUACUUCACAGCCUGUCAUCUUUGAAAAUCAAUCAAACCAAAUUGUUUGAAGUUCUGAAGCUUUGUUGCAACUUGUGGUUCACUGUGCUGGUGCAGUAUUGUCCCAGACAUCUGGGUUUAUGACAUAAAAAAACAAAAAAACAAAUCAAAUGCUCAAAAUGUUCAUUUCCAAAGUGCUGGUGGUGGAAAAUCAUAAUAUGAAACACUGCAAAUCAAAUCCCGGUUGUAAUGAUUCAUGACUGUUUGUCACAUUGUCACAUUGCCUCAUUAAAAUAACUAAAUAUUUGCAUA